UCUGUAAUCAGUCGCAUGGAAUGAGCUGAUCAGCUGUUAAUCGGGGAAAAUUUUGUUACGUUUUGAUAGGAAUAAUUUAAGUAAAUUUCUUAAAUAAAAUGUCUACAACAAUGUUUCUGCGCAAGAUAACUAACCGUGGCAAUAUUCGAAAUAGUUUUCGUGCAUUACAACGAGCAGUUUCGACAACUAGCAAUUCCGGUAUAUCUCCUCCAAGCCUACUGUAUGACAGAGAUCCACAACCGCAAUUCACCGAUCCAGAAACUCAGAAAUUACUGCGAUCCAUGACACAAUUACAGCUUAAAAAGGUUUUUGAUAAAACUACUGUGCCAGACAAUUCUGUGGAUUACAAGCUAAUGACUGUUGAAAUGUUGGAGAAAGAAUUUCGUAAAACUAUUGAACGAGCAUAUAGACGGUUGCAAAUGCCGCCAGUCGUACAGAUGAAAACUGAUGAGCAACGUAUUAUAUCGAAAGACAGUGCGCUAAGCGGGUUUUCUGACACGAAAUUCGUUGUAACUGAUAUAACAUAUGGUUUGAGUCAGUCAGAUCGUAAGGUUGUCGUUCGUCAAACUGAUGGUACACUUGAGUAUGCACCAAUGGAGGUAACAAAGCGUAUGCGGCAAUUGUACUUCCCAAUUAAUGGACGUAGUAUCCGUGUCCCACGAAUGUUCGAAGAUGAGCAUUUGCAACGUUGUUUGGAUGAGCAAAAAUAUUUAUUCAUACUAAAUCGUAUGGUAGUGCAAUUCGAGCCUUAUGAACCUGAAUUUCAUUAUAUUAGCAGUCGUGUGUAUCAACAUAUCAAUGAAACAAAACAGUUUGAUGUGUUACGGUCAACCAGACAUUUUGGACCAAUGUCAUUUUUCUUUGCUUGGCAUCGUUGCAUAGAUGAUUUACUGUACGACAUGGUGCGACGGGAUUAUCUACAGAAUGCAGCCGAACUCAUAGCUCUAUUAUAUAAAUUACAUGGUAUUGAGACAAAUUAUAAAGAUCUGUUGAAUCAAUUAGAUAUUAUUAAACCUGAAGAAGAUCUUGCUUUGAAAGAACUAAAUAAAGAGUUAAAACGGUCUUCAAAAGGCGUUAAAGAAGACAUUCAAUCGACUAUUGGAAAGACGAAUGCCGAUUUUGAGGCUGAUGAACUGUGUCUAAACUUUAUAGAAGAUUAUAUAAGUACACAUGCACUUAAGAAAGUCCAGCUGGAAUUGGCCGCCCAAACACUUAAAGAAAUAAAUGCUGAAAAGCGUCAGUUGCUAGAGGGCUUAAGCAAAGCGCAUGGUGUAUCUUAAAUAGAAAAAAAUAAAAGUGGAGUCAAUUUUUAUAAUCAUUAUGAAUAAAGAAUAGAAGUAGUGAUAAUGUUUGUUUAAAUUAUGCCUCUAUUUGAAUUGUUUAUUUAAUGUCCAAUGCGUGCAUUUUAAUGGCUAAAAUAAAUACUUAUUCAUACGACAUUUAAAA